AUGUCUGACUCACAGUGGAAGACACAGUCUCUAAACAAGUCGAUGGCUGUCACAAAGUCUCAAAACCUGGCUCUAUGUGAGCAAAGCGAGGUCCUGAGGGCUGACAGUUCUUGGAGCUACAUGACUGUCAUGGACAGACAUGACUCUGAGGCAUCUCAUCAGAAGACCAGACACUUCCAGUAUUUACCUGUGUCUGAUCCCCACAAAGCCCGGAGCCAUCUCUGGGAUCUUUGCCUUGAGUGGCUCAGACCAGGGGUUCAUACAAAGGAACAGAUCCUCCGGCUGCUGGUGCUGGAACAGCUCUUAGAAAGCCUCCCAGAGAAAAUCAGAACUUGGGUCCAUUCACAGCAUUCCAAGAACAGCAAUGAUGCGAUGACCCUCAUAGAAAGUGUGGUUGGAGCGCUCCAUGACCCAGAUGAAACCUGCAAAACCUCUGUCAUCCAGAAAGGAAGCCCUGAGGAAGGGCACAUGGAAACUUGCCCACAACUGCACAAACUCCAGGAGCCGGUGACUUUCAAUGAUGUGCUUGUGGAGUUCAGCAAGGAAGAGUCGGGGCAGCUGGAUCAUGCUGGGAAGAAACUGUUCAGGGAAGGGAUGGUGGAGAAUUAUGAGAAUCUGUAUAAAGGGGGCAUAAAGGUGCCCUGUGUGUUUACCUAA